GUGAGUCACCAUGCCGGUACAGUAACAUGGCGGUCUGAUGUAAGCAGAAUGCGAGUUCCAGCAACCGGAAUCAGUGGAAACAACGCGACGGGGGAUGUUUAUAUUUUGCCGUUCGAGAAAGAAUAACGACUGGAUGCAUGUGUCCGGUAUGUCUCUACGGUUCCGGUGAUCUUCCACGGUUUCGUUCCCGGUAGCAGAGUUUGGGAUUCGAUCCCGAGUGACCAGAUUCUAGCUUCCCGGAUUAGGUACGAGGCGUAUCAGCCUUCGCCACCGGACGAGGAAGCCUCAAUUCCAUGCAGGUUUCUUCUGUCAGCAGCAGUGAGAGAGAAGAAACUUGCUCCAUACAUGAGGAGGCACCUGACAACACCACCACAGCACAAGAAGCCCAGGGCCUAUGGAUCCUAUUGACUCUGAACAAGGGCCAGAGAAGCCGUCAGAGCAGUGCUGCGAUUUAACCCCCAGCUCCAGAGGAAGACAACGGAAGAAGAAUUCAAAAUAUUUUGAUUAUGAAACUGAAGCUGCGACUGAUGUGCAAAGUUCCCAGCGACGGCCACGUGGAAAGCGCUCAGGAGGAGGAAUAGAGGCAGAUUCUGGAAAGUCCCCGGCAAAGAGUGGGAAAGCUAAGAAUGCCACGCAACAGACGGAAGAAGAUGUGGACAAAGAAGCAACUGACGAAACACUUCAAGAGUCUGAUGGAAAAACCUCACAGGAAACUCCUAAACGGGCAGUGAGAGCCAAGAAGACCUCGACAAAAAAGACUCCCGCCAAAAAAACACCUGCUAAAAAGACUCCCGCCAAAAAGACUCCCGCCAAAAAGACUCCCGCCACUGAUGGGAGCCUCCCAACUGUGCCGGGUGGAGCUGCAGACGCUGUGCAGCAGGAAAAUGGGACACCAAAGCCGAAGAGAAAGUACGUGAGGAAGCAGCCUCCAAAGGAAGCCGUUGAAGAACCAGCAGGUGAGGAGGCUGCAGGGGAAGCUACGAAUGAACCCGAGGAAGAGACCACGCCGAGCGGACGCCACAGGAGAGGUGCCGCUAAAGCGGCUUUGAAGUACCUCCACGCUUUGGCAAAAGAAGUUCUCUGUCACCCCGGUGAGGAGUCAGGCUCCCAGCCAGAGGACGACCAUGAGAUCUCCCACAAAGACUCCGUCGCAGAGCGGAAAAGUCUCAAAGGAAGCAAAGGGCGUAAAGGCAAGAAGAGGAAACGUGACUAUGACAGUGAUAACACAGAAGAUGAGGACUUCGUUCCAGAUGUUGAAGAAGACGAGGAGCUUGAGGAGGUGGAAGAUGAAGAAGAAGAAGAAGAAGCAGGAGUGAACUCUGGGUCGGACUCUGACUCGGGGGCCGUUGGAAAAAGUCCGGCGACGUUUCACGUCAACAGAAGCUUUACAGGCCCGAAUCCCAGAACCCCCAACGGGCUAUCCACCAGCGUCAUGAAGAUCGUUUGGGACGCUACUGAGACGACCAAGAAGUUCCGGGAGGAGCACCACAGCAGCUGGGUGUUCCCAGAGUGGGUCCCCUCCUCCAGUGUCUGGCACCUCGUACCGCAAAGUGAUUUGGAGAAGUACCUGCCUCAGGAGCUUCAGUCGGCUGCUUUCAGAGUGUCCAGAGAAGGACUCAGUAAAGAGGAGACGCCUCUGCAGAGACUCAGCAGGUUCACGGCGCUGCCCGCUCACCCGGAUCGCUGGGACAUGUUGCUGUAUGCAGGUGGACCGGUCUGGGCCUUGGAGUGGUGUCCCACACCCGACGGAGCUCCAGCGUCGCAGUACAUCGCUCUGGCCUGCCAUCGAGGGAUGGACGACCAGCACUAUGUCAACAAGAUGUACAGCGGACCUGCACUCGUCCAGCUGUGGGACCUCGGCUCGCUGGAGUACAACAGCAGACCCGACUCCCAGCCAGCCUUGUCUUAUGGCUUAGCGCAGGACAAAGGCUUCAUCUGGCAUCUCAAGUGGUGUCCUGCAGGAGGCUGGGAGCUCCCCAGCUGUGGCAGAAAGGCUCCUUUCCUGCCCAGACUGGGUCUUCUGGCUGUGGCCACCUCCACCGGUUCGGUCACCAUUUACAGCCUCCCCCACCCUGACGCUCUGCACUCCAACAAGAAGCAAGCGAACUCUGGUAAGACUGAAUCUAACACUUCAGAUCUGCUUCGUGUAUACACUGACCUGUGUUGUCACAGUGACAUCGUGGAAGUGUUUCCUGCGGGCAGCAGAGGGCAGCAGAGGGCAGCAGAGGGCAGCGUUGCCUUUGUAGAGUCAGUGUGUUGUGCACCUGCAGUGGAGCCUCAGUGCUGGGUUUUGGAUCAUGGCCACAUUGUGAAACUCAACAGCUGGACUCUGGACUUGUUUCUGUAUCGGCUCACAGACGCCGCUCCUCUGAGCACUCGGAGGCUUUCAUCGGGCGCUAUAGUGACUUUAAAGCAUCACGCCGUCCCUGAGGGGGAUUCGGUGUCGUGUGGAUCCAUUUGUUGACUCAGAGAUUUGGAGUUGCCACGAAACAAACGCACCCAGAGACCAGUUAUCCCAAAUGUAACCAGUGAGCGGUGGAAGGAAGAGUCGAAACCAGCAGGAAAUAAUAACUUUAAAUACAAUUUCAGAAACACUUUUACACAUUGUGAGACACAUUGGUGGGAUUGUAGAUGAAGAAGUCUCGUUUAGGGGUGCAGCUAAUGAUUAUCUUUUAAUAUUCAGUCAUUUCUCAGUUAAUUGUUUUAUUGUUUGGUCUGAAAACAGUGAAAAAUAUCCAUCAGAACUUCUGAAAUCCCAGGAUGCAAAAAGCUUGUUUUUGUCCAACCGAAAGCCCAAAACCUUAAACUUAACAAUAAUAUAAAUAACCUAAAUGGUCUUUAGCUUCAGUCUCCUGUAAAAUGAUUUCAGGCUAAAUGCUUUUAUACACGACCCGACUCUGCAGUGAGUAUGUAAUCUGUCCCACGGUACCACAUCCAUCACAUCAGACGUCUUUAACUCCACCCACUCCUGGUGUGUCUAUUAAACUGUUAAAUGCAGCUUUAACAGUUAACUGAAAGACUCACACACACACACACACACACAC